AUGAAGUCCAUCGUUGUUCUGACGGCACUCGCAGCAUUAUGCUCCGGCCAUAUUAUUCGUGAUAUACCGGUAGACAAUAGUCACUAUGUGGAGGGAGUGAGCCGCUACGUGUGGAUGCCUGAUGCUGAAGGCAACUCGGUACUGGUUGACCUCGACGAACCAGUUGACGAAGAAGUACUGAAAGCAGCCAGAAAUGGAGCAAACAACCAAUACUGGCUGUUCACCCGGAGUAACCGCCUUAAUGCCCAAGUCAUAACCCACAAUAAUGUCAACUCGAUUAGGAACUCUAACUAUAAUGGUAACCGACCCUUGAAAGUUAUCGUCCACGGAUGGAAUAAUAAUGGAAACACCGAAAUGAACCCUCUCAUCACACGGGCUUUCCUUGACGUCAUGGACUGUAAUGUAAUUGUGGUCGAUUGGCGCGCUGCCGCUAACUCAGCCUACAGCACCGCCGCUAAUGCAGUCCCCAGUGUAGGACAACACCUCGGAGACUUCCUCACCUGGUUAAUUAGAAACGGUGGCGGUAACUGGAACCAAGUACAUUUAGUUGGAUUCAGUCUCGGUGCUCAUGUCGUCGGCAAUGCUGGUCGUAGAGUCGGAAAUCAACCAGCCCGUAUUACCGGUUUGGAUCCCGCCGGCUAUCGAUGGCAUAAUAACGCUAACCGAUUAGCUGCUGGUAACGGCAGAUACGUAGAAGCUAUCCACACUGAUGGUCACGGCCUUGGUAUAAUGAACCCCAGCGGACACGCUGACUUCUACCCUAAUGGUGGUAAAAACUUCCAACCUGGUUGUUGGACUAGCUACUGCUCUCAUGGUCGUGCUACGGAGCUAUUUGCCGCCACUGUUCGUCACAAUCAUUUGAUUGGCAGACAGUGUCCCAACAUCUGGGAAGCUGAACUCGGAACAUGCAAUGGAGCUUCCUUGCACAUGGGUAACGCACUCUUGAACAAGCGUGGAAAUGGUCUUUACGCUCUGAGAACCGGAUCAAGUGCUCCUUUUUAA